AUGUCCGGUACUCACUACAUCGACGCCGAUACCCGCAUCACCCUCAUCGGUGCCGGCACUAUUGGUCUCUCCUUCGCCGCGCUGCACCUGCACUUCCUCAAGUCCCCCUCGCAGCUCACCAUCCUCGACACGCGUCCCGACCUGGCCGAAUAUGUUGCUUCCACGCUCCCCAAGUACCUGCCCGAAGGACAGUACGACCUCUCGUCGAUCCGCCUGACGGAUUCGCUCCCGGACGCCGUGCGCGACGCCGACAUCGUGCAAGAGCAAGGCCCAGAAAACCUGCCCUUCAAGGCCGCCAUCUGGGCCCAAGUGGCCGAGCACGUGGAGAAGCCCGGCGCUCUCUUCUGGAGCAGCACGUCCGGCAUCACUGCGACCGCCCAGGCCGAGGCCGCCGGUCUCGUCGACGCUGCUGCGCGGCUAGUCGUUGUCCAUCCGUACAACCCACCCCAUAUCAUGCCCCUGCUCGAAGUCGUCCCCGGCGCCCGAACGAGCGAAGAGACGGUGCGUAGGACCGUCACAUUCUGGCAGGCGCGGGGCCGCGAGCCCGUGGUCCUGCACAAGGAAGUCUCCGGCUUCGUUGCCAACCGGCUGGCCUUUGCGCUACUGCGCGAGGCGGUCCACCUCGUUCGGGACGGCGUUGUUGGCGUCGAGGAGCUGGACCGCGUGGUGCAGGCCAGCAUGGGUCCGCGAUGGGCUGUCGCCGGCCCGUUCAAGAGCUAUCAUGCCGGCGGCGGUCCAGGAGGCUUGGAGGCCUUUUUCAAGAACAUAGGGGGCACGGUCCAGCGGUGCUGGGAUGAUUCUGGGAGGGAGAAUGUGGGCGACGGCUGGGAGGACGAUAUAUUUAAGCAAGCAGAGGAUGCUUACGGGGUCGUGGAUACAUCACGCAGAGACCGGGUAACUAGAGAAGUCCUUGAAGCCGCUAGAAAAAAGUAG